GAACGACUCAAACAGUGUUUGUGAUAAUAACGGAGCAUCGCGCCCAAAGUUAUAAACCAUGAGCUGGGCGGUGGAGGAGUGGAAGGAUGGACUUCCAGGGAAAGCCCUGCAGAAGAUCCAGGAGAUGGAGGUCCAGCUGGACAAGCUGAAGAAGGAAAGGUCCCAGAAACAGUUUCAGCUCGACUCCAUAGAGGCUGCCCUGCAAAAACAGAAACAAAAGGCGGACAGUGAUCGUACUGAGACCUCUGCUUUGAAAAGAGAGAACCAGUCUUUAGUAGAGUCAUGUGACUCUCUGGAGAAAGCCCGUCAAAAGGUCAGCCAUGACCUCGGAGUCAAAGAGCAGCAGGUGAGCUACCUGGAGGGUCAGCUUAACUCCUGCAGGAAGACCAUAGAGCGACUGGAGCAGGAGCUCAAGAACUGUUGAAUCAGUCCUCAGUCAGUGUAAGCCACAAGGACAUUGCUGCUCGCCAAGCUGGAUCUUCCAUAUUCCCAUGGCAGCAGGAUCAGGCCCACAGCCGCCGGUCUCAGGAUGUGAUGGAAACGCCUCUGAAGAGGCGGGGGACAUCCCUGUGGGACGCCCACGAGGAGACGCCUAUUAAAUGCAGCCAGCGGAUGAGCUCUACCAGAGCUGUGCAAAGUCCCAGUGGAUCCUCCCAACAGAUGGAGCAGCUAAAGACCAUGAACCAAGAGCUGCGUGGACGUGUGUCAGAUUUGGAGAGGAAUCUGUCCACUCAGGAGAAAGAAAUUCGUAACCAGGCCUCCAAGCUGCAGGAAUUACAAACCCAACUGAACCAAGCCCGCAAAGAGCUGAUAGAACGGGACAGAGACCUGGCCAAGACCAGACACGAGCUGACUCAGGCCACAGACAGACACCAGCAGGUUGAGACCAAGUGUUCAUCAGUUGAGCAGAAGCUCAAACAAGUUACGGAGGAGAUGAGCUGUCAGAGGCACAACGCUGAGAGCUGCAAACGAGCCCUAGAGCAGAAACUCAAGGACCAAGAGAGAGACAGUCAAAAGGAGCUAGCCCAGUUGCAGAGUUCCCACCAGGCUUUGGAACAGCAGCUGAACCAGACCAGAACCAAGCUAACACAAGAGCUCCAACAGUCCAAAAAAGACUUAAACGUAGUGCAGGCGGACACGGAGAAGAUGUGCUUCCAGAAGAGUCAGAUGGAGAAGGAGGUGGAGGAGCAGAAACAGAAAUUGCUGAGGUCAGAGCAGAGCCUUCAGGCCAGCCAGACCAAAGAGCAGGAUCUCCGCAAGAAAAUGGAGGAGCUGCAGAAAGAGAAGAACUGUGCGACUGUUCAGUUGGACCAGAGCAGCAGACGUCUGAGUCAGCUGGAGGAAGAGAAGAAAAGCACAGACCAGAGCCUCAAACGCACCCAGGGAUUACUAGAUGACCUCAAAGCAAAAUCAGAAGGGCAGGCGGAGGAGUUGAAGAGACUUCAGUCUAAACUGGAGCAGGAGACUCAGGCUUCGGCUCGGGAGCUGGAAAACUUGAAGAAGACACUUUCUGAUGCAGAGACCAAAAAUGACAGAUCUCAGAAUGAACUGCAGAAACAGAAGCAAGAGGCAGAGAAGCUGACCAACAGGUUGACAGUCCUGGAGAAGGAGAGCCAAGAGCUGAAAUCCAGUCUCACUGUCAGUCAGAAUGAGUGUAAGGAACUGAAACAAGAACAUCAACAUCUGCUGGAGUGGAAGAAAGAAAAGGAGACCUUGAUUAAUGAUACAGAGACUGUCCAAAAAGACCUCACUGACAAAAUUGGCAGCUUGGAGAACAGUCUCACCUCGCUGAAUGAAGCUACCGAGGAAGUUAAGAAGCAGCUCAUGAGUGUAGAAGGAGACAAGGCCAGUCUCUCUGCUCACAUCGAUUCCUUGAAGGGAGAACUCCUCAACAAGAGCACAGAGUUGGAGGAGAGGGAGCAUCAGUACGAGGAGCUCAAGUCCAAGUUCUCCGAAGCCGGACUGAAGCACACCAAAGACCUGGAGAAUGUUGCUGUGCAAGUUGGUCAGCUUGAAGCACAGGUCAAAGAUCUGGAGUUGCAGUUGCAAAAGGAAACGACUCGAGCAGAGCAGGCUGAGAGGACCAACACAGAGCUCCAGGAGGAGCACCAGGCGGUCUGCGACCUUGCUCGUUCCAAAGACCAGCUGGUAGAGUUGGGUCAAGCAGAGAUCAGCCAGCUGAGAGAAAGCCUCACUCAGGCCACUGCACAGCUGGAGGAACAAAGUGUCAGGCUGGCACAGGAGAAGACAGCCCUUCUGAAGCAGUGUGAGGAGAGUGUUUCAGAAAAGGUUGAAGAGACUGAGCAACUCAAGCUGCAGUUGGAGGAGGCUCAGCAUGAGCUGCUGCUCACCAAAAACAAGGUCAGCUCCACAGAUCAGUUCCUGAAGGUCCAGGAGCAAUUGGGCGCUGAGCUGCAGAAACAAAUUAAGGCACUGUCAGAAAAUGAAGAGGAACACAAAAAGAUGAAUGAGAAAAAGUCAGAAGAGGUCAAACAGUUAGAGGAGGAGCUGAAGGAUCUGCAAAGCCACACAGAAGAGAAGCAGAAGCAGUUCAGAGAGGCUGAAGCUCAGAUUUUGUCUCUUGAGAAACAAUAUGCUGAUGUGGAAAAUGCAGCUCAAGAGGCAAAGAAAGAGGCUGAGAACCUCCAGCAGGCUCAGACUGAGAAGAUCAACAACCUUCUGAAGCAGAUAUCUUCCUUAGAAGAAGAGUUAACUGUGAGCAAAGAUGCAGCAGAGAAGCUUCCAGUCUUGAAGAAUGAACUGGACGCAGUCAACCAGUCCCACGCUGACCUUAAGAAGUGUCUAGAAGCCCUUGAGAUGAGUCACUCCUCCACUAUUGAACACAAGUCCAACUUGGAAAACACGCUGAUCGAGAAAACCAACCUGAUCUUUACUUUGGAGAAAGAAGUCAAAGAGCUCACAGAGAAGAUGACCAAAGAGUCAGAGAGUCACGCUUUGGAGAUUGAAAAUGUCCUUAACAAAGAGAACCGCCUUAAAGAACAGCUUGAAGCCGCUAAGCAAUCAUUAACAGCCGCUAAAGUAGAAGCGAGGUCUCGACGAGAGGAGAUCAAGACCAUGAAGACGACUCUGUCUGCUGCUUCACGUGGCUUAGAAGAGAGAGACAACACGAUAAAGAGUCUGAAGGAGAAGCUGAAUAAAGCAGAGGCAGAGCAGGCCAAAGCCUCAGAGCUCCUGAAGGAGAAAAUGGUUGCCAUGAACAAAAUCAAGGUGCAGCUGGAGAUGCUGCAAAUGGACUUGGAGGACAACGAGACAGCCAUGAACUCUUUUGAUAGUCAGGUGGAGGAACUGAAGGGAACCAUAGAGUCACUGGAAGCCCAGCUGGCUCAGAACCAGACCCAGAUGUCUGAAAUGGAGGCCAGACUGGAGGACAGCAAAGCCCAGGUUUCGGUCUUGGAAACCCGGCUAGAGGAGGUCCAAUCUCAGAACUCUGUGCUGGAGACACAGUACGUCACAGCAAGGGAGGAGUUGAUGGAGAGGAGCUGUGAAAUAACUCGUCUUGAAGAGGAUGUUGUCAAACGAAGCCAGCUGGAGGAGAGCGUUGCUGCGUUAGAGUCUAAACUCAGUCAGACCACAGAACAAAAUGUCAAGUUAGAGGCAACUCUUAGGCAGACAAUUGAGGACAAAGACAAUAAUCUUAAACACUUACUACAGGAGAAAACCAACCUUGAGGCUAUUUUGAAACAAUUAACAGAUGUCAAAGAGCAAGUUGAAACUGAAAUGAUUCAAGUAAAUGCCGAGAAGGAGCAGCUAGUUGAAGAGAACAAACAACUGCAGAUCAAUAUUAAGCAGCUAACUGAAGAAAAACAAAAGAUUGAUCAAAUGGUUGUAGAGAAACAAGAAGCUGAAUUUACCCUCAGACAGGUGAUUGAGGAGAAAGCCCAACUAGAUGUUACCCUCAAUCUAAUAAAUGAGGAAAAACUCCAACUUGAGGCUAAACUAAGUGAGCUCACCACAGAGAAAAACAUCAACUUGAAUCAAGUAGUUGAAGAGAAGCUUCAGCUGGAAAUUAACUGUAACCAGCUGACUGAAGAGAACACAAAACUACAAUGUAGUGUGAAUCAAAUAACUGAAGAGAAGCUGCAGUUACAAGAAAGCAUAAAGAGGCAUGAAAAUGAGGUAGCGUUACUUAAAGAGGAGAAUGAGUGCAUCCAGUGCUCGCUCCUGUCCUCAGAGCAGGAGCACCAGAGGCUGAAGGAGCAGUUUGAGAUGAGCAACAUAAGGACUGAGGAGGAGAACAAGGAGAGGAGGCAACAGUUUGAGUCGGAGCAGGCAGAACUGAAUCAGAAGUUGUCCAGCUUACAGAAGGAGCUGACUGUGUUGAAGCAGCAGUACAUCUCACUGCUGGAGAAGGUGGGCGAACAAUACAGCCUCAUACAGCAGCUCUCGGGCUCACAGGAAAGCCAGAACCCAGGAGAAAAGAUCAGCUGUAUGCAGUCUGAGGAGACAGAAACUGUUGCAGAAGAAGCAGCAGAACGGACUGAUGUGGAGCUGACACUUGAUACAAGCGUCAGCACCGAUACACAGUCCCUUCUAGUAAAGGAACAGCUGGUUUCUGAGCUGGGCGAACUCUCCCACCAGUCUGAUGAGGCUUUCAGUGAGACAAGGCUGGUCCUCACUGAGGACAUCAUUGAGCAGGAGAUGAUCCAGGAACAAUUGGACGAAGAGAGCGAGGCGUGUGUGAUCGCCGUAGAGGAAAUGAGUAACGAGGAGCAGCAGCACCAUCAACAGCAACCCUUAGAUCAGCUUCUCGAAGACAGCAGUAGUCCCAGAGAUGUUCUUGAAAAUAAACCUGAAGUCUAUGAGCUUUCUUCCCCAUCUUCCUCUCUUAGUGGCAAGUUAGAAUCCUCUGCAACAGAGUCAUCCCAGGCACAUGAUGACCUCAACCACUACAAGGAAAUUAUCACAAAACAAGAAAAUGAACUCCAGACCCUGCGCUCGGAGUUUGACCUACUGAAGUCUGACCUCGCACUGAGAGUGGAGUUGACCUCUGAACUGGAAGUUCAAGUUCAAAGCUUGGAGAAGAAAGUUCAUGCAGCAGAAGAGGAGGUGCGUGGGGCAGGAUGUAAGCUGAACAUCACUUCAGAGGAGAAGAAAGGCCUUGCUGACCAGCUGGCUCAGCUGUCAGACGAGAGGGAGACAUUAACUCUGCAGCUGCAAACGACUAAAUGCCAGCUGGCUGAUGUGAUGGAGAUGCUGGAAGGACUGGAGAUGGCCAAAGGUGGAUGGGACGAGAAAUUCCUCCAGCAGGAGAGCGAGCUGAAAAGAGUUCGCUCUGAGAAAGCCAACCUGGAGCAGCACAUCCUGGGCAUGGAGUCAGAGCUGGAGACCUUGCAGGAGGAGAGGACCAAACUUACGGCUGAGAUGGAGACCCAGAGGAGGACUUGUUCAGGCAUGGAGCAGCAGAUAGAAACACUCAGAACAGAGACAACCCAGCUGAGAUCUGAACUUGUGUCCUGUACGGAGGAGCGAGAUGACCUGAACCUGUCUUUGGGCCAAUGGAGAGAGAAAGUUCACAGUCUGGAGAAGACUAACUGUGACACCAGAAACCUAAUUUCCAUCCUGGAGGACGACAUCAGAGCAGGGAGGAAGGAGUAUGAAGCCUUGCAAAGCAACAUGGAGAAACUGAAAAGAGAGAGACAACAGCUGUUGGAGCAGAUUAAGGCGCUGGAGCAGGAAAUAUCCCAACAGAGUGGAGAAAGAGAGGAGCUUAUUGGACAGCUUGACAAGAUCACAGAAGACCAAACCUCGGCCAAUGAGAACACUGAGUCCAUGGUUGGCAAGAUACAGUCUUUAGAGGGAGAAGUGUGCCGUCUCUCACAGUCUCUAGAGGCCUCUCUAUUGGAAAAGGGAGAGAUCGCCUCUCGUCUGAACUCCACACAGGAGGAGGUCCAGCAGAUGAGGACUGGUAUUGAAAAGCUCCAGGUCCGCAUUGAGUCAGAUGAGAGGAAGAAAAAGAAGAUGGGAGAGCUGCUUAAAGCUGCUCAGAGAAAGUCUGACUCACUGCAAGAUCGCAUUGAUGCCCUGGAGCGAGAGCAGGAAGAUGUAGAACAAAGUCUAGAGGAAGCUGUACUGCAGGCUGAAACAGCUAAAGCUGAGCUGGAGGAGGAACGGGGAAAGGUGGAGGAGGAAAAGAGAGAGCUCAACGACAAACUAUCAGAGCUUUCCACUACACUGGACAACCUGAGAUCUGAGAAAGAACGCAUGGAGAGAGAGCUGGAAACAAAAAGCAGAGAGAUAGAAGAACUGAAGGCUGCUAAGGAGGAGCUGGAGAGAGGGUUGGAGCAGGCAGAGGUGAAUAGAAGAGAGGAAGAGGAAAGACAGAAAAACAGGGUAGAAGAGCUGGAGAAAGGCAUGAGAGAGGAAGCAGAGAGGCAAUCAAGACAAGUGUAUGAGCUCCAGGCGCAGCUGGAAGCCUCUCGCCAGAGAGAGUCCUCCCUCGAAGGAAAGAGUGCAGAAACUGAAGGGGACAAAGAGAGGAUGCAGUGUCUGCUUUCAGAGAUCGAGAAAGAGAAAACGUGUCUGCAGUCUUCUCUGGAGGAGUGGAAGACAGAAGGAGAGAUGCUCCGCUCUCAGGCAGUGGAGUGGGAGAAAGAGAGAAACAAUCUGAGGACCAGUAUUGAGGCUUUGGAAGAAGAAAUUAAGGAGCUGAAUACACUCCUAAAAUCUAAAGAGGAAGAAAGAGAGAGAGGACAGACAGAAGAAAAUGGACGGCUGGCAGAGGAGAAGGAGAAACUGCACUCCACCCUGGUUUCAGUGGAACAAGAGAGAGAUCACCUGCACUGCACUCUUGCAUCUGUAGAAGGAGAGAAAGAUAGACUAGAGCAAGAGAGGGGGGUGUUAGCUGACGAGAAAGAGAAGCUUCAAUCCAGCCUCUCCUUGAUAGAAAAGGAGAAACAUUACAUGCAACAAACUCUCUCCUCAUUAAAGCAAGAGAAGGAAAGAAUAGAGGAGGAGAAACAAAAGUUAGAGGCUGAAAAACAAGAAUUGCUGUCUUCCCUGUCGUUGAUUGAAGUAGAGAAAAAUAACCUGUCUUCAGCUCUUUCGUCACUGGAACAAGAGAGGCAAAGAGCAGGAGAGGAAAAAGAGAAACUCACAGAAGAACAAGAAAGACUUGAGUCUACAGCCGCCUCUAUGGAGAAGGAGUUGGAGACAUACAAACUGUCUGUCAGCAAGCUCAAUGAGAAGGAGUCGGAGCUCACAUCUCUCGCCGCUCGUCUGACUAAAGAGAGGGACUCUGCCCUGAGCAAGAUGAGUCUGUGGAUGAAGACCUGCAAGCAGCUGGAGCAGGAGAAGAAAGAGGUGUUAAACAGCUCAGGCGACAGACAGAGCAAUGAGGAGGUGCAGACUGAGAUGAACCAGCUGAAGAUGGAGGCAGAGGACAGAAAGAAGGAAGUGGAAGACCUGAAGACUGCCCUGCAGCAGAAGAAGACAGAGGCAGAAGAAAAAACUAAGGAGUUGGAAGAACUCAAGGCUGCCCUCGAUGGAAGGAAGAAGGAACUGGAAGAGAGAAACCGAGAGCUGGAGGAGAUGAAGAGUGAGUUGGAUGAACUAAACAAACUUCUGGAGGAGAAAAGCCGUGAGGCAGAUGAGAGCAUGGAUAAAUACUGCAGCCUGAUGGUUAAAGUCCACAAACUGGAAGAGACCAAUGAUGCACUGACAACACGGCUGGAGCAGCCCACUGCUAGCCAACAUCCUGGCGAAGCUAUCGUCCACUCCAGCAGCACUGAUGGUACUCGCCGCCGGCGCUCAACGAGGAAGUCUUCCUCCAAACAUCUGGAAGAAAAGCUGAAUGACGCCACAGAGAACGUAGCUCCUUCGACACCUCAGAGGUCCCCUCAGGGGUCAUCUUUAGGGAAACGGGCUCUCAAUGAUAUCGGUGAUAAAGACAGUGCCCAGGUGGCCCUGCACAACCUGACAAAGAGGAUCAAAGCCAGCACAGUGACUACUCCCAGACCAAGACCUGAACAGGAAGAUGAGGACUUCAGACCAGAGGGACUUCCUGAGCUGGUGCAGAGAGGGUUUGGUGAUAUUCCUGAGGGGGUGGACAGUCCGUUCAUCAUGAGGAGAACCACAGUGAAGCGCUGCAGUCCUCGGCUGGCUGCCAAACAGACUGUUCCCACAUCUGCACCUGACGGCAAGGUUUUGGGGCCCAUUCUCCUCCAGAGUCCCUCCGCCAACAGCUCCAGCAGGACGUGUCUUUCCCCGAGUGGCGAGGAGAAAGCUACGUGUCAGAAAGAGAAACAGCAAACGCAACAAGAAAACUGUCACGUUCAGUAGAUCAGUGUAUACACACACACACACAGAGAGAGAGAGAGAGUCUUGCACUUGUGAUUUAUUUGUAGAAAUAUACACGUACACACACUCAUAGAUACACAAAAGAUUAAUACUCCACUUUUCAAAAAAGACACAUUGAACUAUGUAGUAGUAGUAAAGGUAACAUCCACGUUAAAGGGUUUUAACACUUGCACCUUUUUCUUUCUUUCUUUUUCGGGGAAGGGGGCUCUCUGUGUGUGUGUGUGUGUGUGUGUGUGUCACUUCAUUUUGUUUAUUCUGUCCCGUUCUCUCUGUUGGUAGCUGAGAGUCAUGAGAAAUAAAGGCAAUCACAUCACAAGUAAGAUAAUGAGGCACAUUAAACAGGAGAGGAAACUACCCAAGUGUGGAUUUUCUUCUACACUACUUUUUAUUAUGCUCUGUUUUUAGGCAAUUUUUAAUUAAACUCGUCGCCUUUGAAAUGUCAGAUACACGUUUUUCCUCAUUGUUUUAGGAUGAAUGAAACCCACCGGUUGUUUGUUCUUCUGUCUUCAUCUCUUUACCACUGAUUCACUGGUUGUACUUUUUUUUUUAUACUGUUCUUGUGUUCCUGGUGUGUGAGAAAUGUCUUUGUACAUAGAAGAUGAUGUAUACAGUAAUAACAGCUAUGCUUUAUCCAUUUAUUAGUCUUAACAUAUCACUUGUUUGCUAAUGGCAGCUAAGAUUUUGUAGAUUUUCUGCUCUGACUCUUUCAUAUUUCUAAAUAUUUUUCAGUCACGAAAACAAAUCUUAUUGUUUGAUUUGACUCUUUUCAUUCUUCCUAAUCUUUGCAACAAGUGCUAAACCAGUUUCUGUUUUUAUUUCACUAUAGUUCCGUGUUAUUGAUUGUAAAUAGACACUAAAUAGUUAAAAAUUGCCU